AUAGUACAGUGUAUUAUUUUACAUAUGCUCAACACGCUCUGGCCUUGGAUCAUACCAUGGCUGAGACCAUCAAGUCGCUCCUGGAUGAAUGUUGUUAUUAUAAAAUCCUAGGCGUCGAAUUCGACGCAACCAAUGAAGAUAUAAGAAAGAAGUAUCUUGAAAGGGCUCGAACCUACCAUCCAGAUAAGCGACCGCCUGAGGAAAAGGAUGAUUGUAAUAUAGUAUUCCACAAAAUACAACAAGCAUACGAAUGCCUUUCAAACAAAGAAAAUAGAGAAUGGUAUAACAAGAAUCGACAACGAAUUCUAAAAUCGAAAAAGACGCAUGAUAAGACAGAAUUUGAUAUUUGGUAUUAUUUCAGACCAUGCUAUAAUGGAUUUGAUGAAUCGAAACCGAAUAAUUUCUACCAAGUUUACUCCAAGUGCUUCGCACAAAUAGUUGAAUUGGAAAAGGAAGAGCUGAUACAUGAAGGAAAUGACGACAUAUACGAGUAUCCGCCAUUCGGCACAUCGCAAAGUACAUCACAAGAUGUUAACAAAUUUUAUAAGUUUUGGCAUGAUUUUGUCACCGUCAGAACAUUCAUUUGUGAAGAAAACUGGGAAAUAGAAGGAAGAAUGAAUCGCAGAUUUGUUGAAAGACAAUAUAAAAAGGAAAAUAGUAAAUUAAAAAAGGAAUAUAAUGAUAACGUAAGAAACCUCGUAAAUAUAGUUAAGAAAGUCGAUCCAAGAGUACAAAGAAUAAAAGAAGAGCAAAAUGAACUGAAGAUGCUCAAGGAACUGGAUAAACUAAAAGUACAACAAAAAAUUGAAGCAAUGAAACAUGUAAUGAAAGAAGAAAUCGUAAACAAUAUGAAGGAUAACAUUCAUGAAAUUGAGAUGCAAAGAGAACUAUUACGCAAACAAGAAGUUUGUAGAGUUUUUGCUUCUCACUAUGAAGAGGAUAAACCGCAAGUAGAAAAGGAAUACUUUCCAUGUGAAGUAUGUAACAAAGUAUUCGGGUCCAAUAAUCAAUUGGAGAACCAUCUUAGAUCGAAACAGCACAUCAAAAACGCAAAACUUAAAUAAAAAAUAUAUACAAUAUAUAUGCGUAGAAU